GGUUAAAUGGAAGCCACUCCUGGGAUCUGGAUGGUUUGUUCUGACGUAGCCUUUGCGUAGCAGCUCCAUCCUGCCAGGAAGUUGCAAUGAGUGGAGGAGGGGAGCAGCCUGACAUCCUCAGUGUGGGAAUCUUGGUCAAAGAAAGAUGGAAGGUGCUGAGGAAAAUAGGUGGUGGAGGCUUUGGAGAAAUUUACGAUGCCCUGGACUUGCUGACCCGGGAAAACGUGGCGCUGAAGGUCGAGUCAGCCCAGCAGCCGAAGCAGGUUCUGAAAAUGGAAGUAGCUGUGUUGAAGAAAUUGCAAGGAAAAGAUCAUGUUUGUAGAUUCAUCGGAUGUGGAAGGAAUGACAGAUUUAACUACGUGGUCAUGCAACUGCAGGGUCGGAACUUGGCAGACCUGCGUCGGAGCCAAUCUCGAGGAACAUUCACCAUCAGUACCACUCUGCGGCUUGGGAAGCAGAUUUUGGAAUCUAUUGAAAGCAUUCACUCAGUGGGAUUCCUGCACAGAGACAUAAAGCCAUCCAACUUUGCAAUGGGACGUUUUCCUAGCACCUGCAGGAAGUGCUAUAUGCUGGAUUUUGGCUUGGCUCGACAAUUUACCAACUCAUGUGGGGAUGUCAGACCACCACGCGCUGUUGCUGGUUUCCGAGGAACAGUGCGGUACGCGUCAAUCAAUGCUCACAGAAACAGAGAAAUGGGGCGGCAUGAUGACCUCUGGUCUCUAUUUUACAUGUUGGUGGAGUUUGUGGUUGGACAACUGCCUUGGAGAAAAAUAAAAGAUAAGGAGCAAGUGGGAUCCAUUAAAGAAAGGUAUGAGCACAGGCUUAUGUUGAAACAUCUCCCUCAAGAAUUCAACAUCUUUCUGGAUCACAUUUCUAAUUUAGAUUACUUUACAAAACCAGAUUACCAGCUUCUCAUGUCUGUGUUUGACAACAGCAUGAAAACAUUUGGGGUUGUUGAAAGUGACCCUUUUGACUGGGAGAAGAGUGGAACUGAUGGCUCUCUGACAACAACCACCACUUCAACUACACCUCAGUUACACACUCGGCUGACUCCAGCGGCAAUUGGAAUUGCCAAUGCUACCCCGAUCCCGGGAGAUUUGCUGCGGGAAAACACUGAUGAAGUGUUUCCUGAUGAACAACUCAGCGAUGGAGAAAAUGUUAUUCCAGUUGGUGUCUCACCAGAGAAACUACCUGGGUCCCCAGGGCAUCAGCGUCCUCAGGAAAAAGAUGUCUGGGAAGAAAUGGAUGCAAACAGAAACAAAAUAAAACUGGGGAUCUGUAAGGCUGCUACAGAGGAGGAGAACAGCCAUGGGCCAGUGAAUGGGAUGCUUAAUGCACCGAGUCUUGGUUCACCAAUUCGUGUGCGCUCUGAGACCACUCAGCUGGACAGAGAUGUCCCCCUGGUGCGAAAGUUGCGCUCAAUUCACAGCUUCGACCUGGAGAAGCGGCUAAUGCUGGAGUCAAAGCCAGACACCGAUAAAUUUCUUGAGACUUGUUUGGAGAAGAUGCAGAAAGAUUUGAAUGCUGCAGCGGAGACUGCUGUUGCUGCUGUUCCUCCUCUUUCUCAGAAAAUACCUGUUCCUGCUCCAGUGGCUGCCCGCAUGGACCAUGUUUGGCACUACGAUGAAGAAUACCUUCCAGAUGCCUCGAAGCCUGCGUCAGCUAGUUCUCCAGAACAUGUUGAUGGUGGUGUUAGCAAUGGAUUUGUUGCUGUCAACUUAAGCUCCUGCAGGCAGGAGGUUGAUUCCAAAGAAUGGGUGAUAAUAGAUAAGGAACGGGACUUGCAGGAUUUCAGGACAAAUGAGGCUGCGGGACACAAAAUGACUGGAAGUCCCUCAGAUGAAGAGCCUGAGGUAUUACAAGUUUUGGAGGAGUCCCCUCCGGAAGAGCAGCCCAGGCAGGGUGAUAGGGCAGGAAACAGCAUCCGUACGAAGAACCAGACCUCAGGAGUGGAGUUAGUUCUAGCCAUGGAGUGUCAUCCGGCCACUUCCGAUCAGCUUACCGAUAAAUUGGAACUUUUGGCCGGAGCUGCUGGACAGCUUCUUGCAGCCACCCCUACAAGUCCUAUGGAGGCUCAAGCAGAAGGAGCGCUCACUCCGGUAACAAUACCCAGACCUUCGGUGGCAUCCACGCAGUCUGCUUCAGAGAGCUUUCAUUGCGGCCACCAGCUAGAGAAAAGAGACCGUGAUGCUCAGUCUGUGGAACACACUGUGGAACUUUCCUCUCCAAAGGAAAAUUUGCCAGGUUUGGUUGUGACAGAAGAGGUACUUCCUACUAGUGCUGGCAGACCAGAUUCGGUAUUUUGUAUCGGCCAAGAGGUCCUUGAAGGGGACAGACAUGGUAAAGAAUGUGUUAAACUCCUGGACUGUGGCCAAAAGGACAUGCGUGAAGCACAUAGCAGGAGACAGGAAGAUAAAGAGCUUGAAAAUCUUCCUGUAGAAUCUGAGGAAGAAAAGCUUCCAGUGGUUUCUGAGGAUGCCAAUGAAAUGCUAGACAAAGAACAAAAUUCUUUACCAGGAAAGUCAAAAUCUGUGGAAGAAGAGCCUCUAACCAACACUGAAGCUGCCGAAGAAUCAAAGCCAAGGCCUCUCUGCUCAGUGCCAAAUCCGGAUGAGCUUCUGAAGUCCACAGUACCCAAAACACAAGAAGUUUCUCCUUCAAGACUUAUCAGCUUGCAUACUAGCAGACAGACAAAUAAAAAGGCACCAGUUCAGGAGAAUGGUUUUCACAAUAAUAAGGAACAAGUACAUAUCCAAGACUUGAAAAGCCACCAGGUAGCCCUUACUACUUUUUUGCACCAGGAGGACAAAAAGGAGAAAAAUGCUCCCAGAAAUGGAGAAUUAUUCCACUGCAUUUCAGAGACUGAGAAUUCUCAUCGAUCUAAAAAGGACUUAGUUAAAUCUCCUUUUGUGUUCAGGCAGAGCCGAAUUCCAGUUUUAGCACAAGAGAUAGACUCAACGUCAGAUUCCUCUUCACCUGUUUCAGCAAAGGAAAAGCUUCUUCUAAAAAAGGCCCAUCAGACAGACUUGGUCAGACUGCUUGUAGAGAAGAGACAGCUCAGAUCUUUCCUUGGUGACCUCUCAAGUGCCUCCGACAAGUCACUGGAGGAAAAAGUGGCUGCUGCUCCAGUACCAUUUUCUGAGGAUGAUGUCUUAUCUUCGUUUUCUAGGUUAACGCUGGACUCGCAUUUCAGCAAACAGACUGAAGAUAGCUCCCUAUCUCCAAGCAGCCCUCAGUCCAGGAAGAGCAAGAUUCCAAGGCCAGUAUCCUGGGCAACCGCUGAUCAAGUCACCAGUUCGAGUUCAGCUCAGUUCUUUCCUCGGCCCCCACCAGGAAAACCACCUACUAGGCCUGGGGUAGAAGCUAGGUUACGCAGAUACAGAGUCCUAGGGAGUAGCAGCUCGGACUCGGAUCUUAUCUCACGUCUGGCUCAAAUACUGCAGAACGGAUCUCAACGACCACGCAGUUCUACUCAGUGUAAGAGCCCAGGGUCUCCACAUAGUCCCAAAACACCACCCAAAAGCCCUGUCAUCCCCCGGCGCAGUCCCAGUGCCUCCCCUAGGAGCUCUUCCUUACCCCGUACUGCCAGUUCUUCUCCGUCCCGGCCUGGGAGACCCCACCAUGAUCAGAGGAGUUCAUCCCCACAUCUUGGGAGGAGUAAGUCACCUCCUAGCCAUUCAGGCUCCUCAUCUUCUAGGAGAUCCUGCCAACAAGAGCAUUGCUGCAGCAAACCGAGCAAGAAUGGUCUGAAAGGAUCCGGCAGUUCCUUCCACCAUUCCCCAAACACUAAAACUGCUGUGGGAAAGAGCAAAUCAGCCAGUAAGCUUAGCAGAUAGGAACUGGGCCUUGACAGUUGUAAAGUCUCCUAAAUCCAAUGCAUGUUGUGUCUGUGUACUGUGUAUUUAAAAAAAAAUCAAAAAAGUUUUAAAAAAAAAGUGUUGUAUCUGAGCUUUCGAAAGAAAGUAAACGUCAUAGACUAUUCAUGACAAAACCUACUGUGUAAAAGAGUG